AUGGAUGCUGGAGUGGCUGGGAUCCUGAGUCUCUUUUUAAUCCUCUCCACCAUGUGCUUCAUGCUUUGGAAAAACAACUGGAAACGAGGCCAGCUCCCUCCAGGACCAGCCCCGUGGUUCCUUCUGGGCAACCUGUGGCAGAAGGACGUUCUGCCCCUGACUCAAUCCUACCAGAAGCUCAGCAAGAAGUAUGGUCCAGUGUUCACCAUCUGGCUUGGCCCAAAACCGGCUGUGGUGCUCUGCGGGUAUGAGGCGGUGAGAGACGCUUUGGUGGGUCAGGCUGAAGAAUUUGGUGGACGUGGUGCCAUUGCCAUUCAUGAGAGAGUGACGGACGGAUACGGGCUCGUCACUGGCACUGAGAAGAAAUGGAGAGAGCUCCGCAGGUUCACAAUCGCUACACUGCGGGAUUUUGGGAUGGGGAAGAAGACAAUGGCACAGCGGGUGCAGGAGGAGGCUCAGUAUUUGGUGGAGGCGGUGGCAGACAUGGAAGGUGAGGUGUUCGAUCCCAUAACCAGCGUCAGGCACGCUGUUUCUAACGUGGUUUGCGCCGUUGUCUUUGGGAGUCGUUUCAGCUACAAAGAUGAGGCCUUUCUGGAGCUGUUGGGCAUGAUGGGGAACUACAGCCAUUAUUUCCUCUCUCGCUUUGCACAGGUGUACAACACCUUUCCUGGCAUCAUGCGUUACCUGCCGGGACCACACAACAAGGUCUUCAAUGAAAGUGAGAAGUUGAAGAACUUCAUCCGAAAAAGGAUUGACUCUCACAAGCAGACCCUGGAGCCAAGCUGUCCCCGGGACUACAUUGACUGUUUCCUUAUCAAGGCAGAGAAGGGAAAGAGCACGUCAGGGGAUGUAUUCAGCGAUGAAAACCUGCUCAUGGCAGUGUUUGACCUCUUUGGUGCUGGGACAGUGAGCACUGCCAAUAGCCUGUUGUUCUUCCUCUUGGUGAUGGCAAAGUUCCCACAAAUUCAAGCCAAGGUCCAGCAGGAGAUUGAGAAGGUGGUGGGGGCGACCCGUGCCCCUGGCAUAGAGGACCGGAUGAGGAUGCCGUACACCAACGCAGUGAUCCAUGAGCUGCAGCGCAGCCAGAAAGGGCAGACUGAGAACUUCCCCCGGGCAGUGACUCGGCGCACAGAGUUCCGGGGCUACACCAUCCCCCAGGGCACAACUGUUAUUCCAAUGUUCAAGUCUGUGCAUUCAGACCCAAAGCACUGGGAGACUCCAGAAGAGUUUGACCCAGGUCAUUUCUUGGACGAGAAGGGGGAAUUUAGGCCAAACGAGGCCUUUAUGCCUUUCUCUGCAGGAAAGCGGAUGUGCCCAGGGGAGGGGCUGGCCCGGAUGGUGCUGUUUCUCUUCUUCAGCACACUGCUACAGAACUUCACCUUCAAGAUAGUGACCGAUCCCAAAGAGAUGGACAUAUUAUCUCUGUGGGUGGACUACCAGAACAAGGGGCCAUACAGCAAAUUCCAAGUCAUCAGGCGCUAAGCGUCUGCCUGAGAGUGCGAGCAGGAAGGGAGCAACUUAGAAUAUCCAAAGCAACUGGGAUGAACUGGGCUGGAGAAAUGAGAAUGCAGAGGAAACAUCCACCGUGCGCUAACAACUGACUGCUGAGAACAAGGGUGUUUAAAGUGUUGGACUGGGGCUCAGAAAAUUGGGGUUCAGUUCCCAGCUCUGACACAGAUUCUCUGGGUGACCUCGGGCAUGUCACUUAAUCUCUCUGUUCCUCAAUGGCCCAUUUAUAAAAUGCAGAUGACAAUAAUACUUCUGUUCUCCCACCCUGUGUCUGUCUUUCCUACUUAGACAUAACGACGACUGUCUC